UUCUAAUAGAAAAGGCAAUCGCACCUCCCUCCGCCAACGUUAAUUCGAAAAAUGAGCCUUCCCGCCUACACAGCUACCACACCUUCAUCCCUUGUCACGCACCCAAACUCAAGCCCAAACUCCAAACCAAAUCAACCCACAUUUCCUAGCCGUCCUCACAGCACAAAAUACCAUCUCACUCGUAGCCACACCCACAGUCCUAUUGAUCCCAUUGUCUCAUGGACAUCUUCUAUUGCCCUCCACUGCCGCAAUGGUCAAUUACCCGAAGCCGCCGCAGAGUUUUCCCGCAUGCAAAUUGCCGGGGUCAGACCCAAUCACAUAACUUUUCUCACUCUUCUUUCUGCCUGCACCGACUUCCCUCUAGAGGGUCUAAGAUUUGGGGGUUCAAUCCAUGCUUAUGUUCGGAAACUGGGUUUGGAUACUGAAAAUGUGAUGGUGGGUACUGCCCUGGUUGAUAUGUACUCGAAAUGUGGUCAGCUGGAUCUUGCCUGGUUAAUGUUUGAUGAAAUGCAUGUGAGGAAUUCGGUGUCUUGGAAUACUAUGAUUGAUGGGUGUAUGAGGAAUGGGGAAGUUGGGGAGGCGAUUGUGUUGUUUGAUCAAAUGCCUGCAAGAGAUGCGAUUUCUUGGACUUCCAUGAUUGGUGGGUUCGUUAAGAAAGGUUGUUUUGAGCAAGCUUUGGAAUGGUUUAGGGAAAUGCAACUGGCUGGAGUGGAGCCCGAUUACGUGACCAUCAUUUCUGUGCUUGCAGCCUGUGCAAAUUUGGGAGCACUUGGUUUGGGCUUGUGGAUAAACCGAUUUGUCAUGAAGCAAGAUUUUAAGGACAAUAUCAAGAUAAGUAAUUCAUUGAUAGACAUGUACUCUCGGUGUGGAUGUAUUCGACUAGCACGUCAAGUUUUUGAGCAGAUGCCUAAGCGAAGCUUGGUCUCAUGGAACUCCAUGAUCGUGGGCUUUGCUCUAAAUGGGCAUGCGGAGGAGGCUCUGGAAUUCUUCAAUUUGAUGCGCAAAGAAGGGUUCAGACCGGAUGGAGUCAGUUUCACGGGAGCUCUAACAGCAUGUAGCCAUUCCGGUUUAGUUGACGAGGGCCUCCAAUUCUUUGAUAUCAUGAAGAGAACUCGUAAAAUCUCGCCUAGAAUUGAGCAUUAUGGGUGCUUAGUGGAUCUCUACAGCCGCGCAGGGAGGUUGGAAGAUGCGUUGAAUGUUAUAGCAAACAUGCCCAUGAAGCCAAAUGAAGUUGUUCUGGGUUCUUUGCUGGCUGCCUGUAGGACUCAUGGAGAUGUUGGCUUGGCUGAAAGGUUAAUGAAGUAUCUGUGCGAGGUGGAUCCCGGUAGCGAUUCCAAUUAUGUGCUCCUUUCUAACAUAUAUGCAGCAGUUGGAAGGUGGGAUGGUGCAAGCAAGGUUAGGAAGAAGAUGAAGGCGCUUGGUAUCCAUAAGAAACCAGGGUUCAGUUCGAUUGAGAUGGAUGGCAGUAUUCAUGAAUUCGUGGCUGGUGAUAAGACCCAUGUCGAGACGCAGAAUAUCUAUGCCAUGCUCGAUCAUCUAUUCCUUGAGCUGAGAAUCUGUGGUUAUGUUCCUGAAAUAGAGGUUGGCAAAUCUUAUGAACAUGACUGAAAUUUAUUUUUUGAAAAUACAGAAACAAUUUUUCUUUUAUUG